AUGAAUAAACCAAUUUAUAGGGAAUAUCAAAAUCAUAGAGGGGACAACGAAGAUCCAAACACUACAAAAAUGGUUUAGAUUACAGGUGAUAACAGUUUACAUCGGAUAAAUGAUACCCUCAAAGAUUCUAUAAAUGAAUACAAUAAAUACGGAGUACAGAAUAUAUUCUCGCCAUCCGACAGCAUAAAAGAUAAAAAGGAAUUAAAAGAUGAGGCUUCCUCAGAUCCCAAAAAUACUUAAUUGGCUAUUUAAAAUAUCACUGAAUCAGAUAAGCUUAUUGAGAUCAAUACUACGGAUCAUGGGGAUAAAGAAGAAUUUUCUAGAUUUUAGAAGGGUAUGUUAAGCUUAUAAACCAUUAAAUACUAGAAGAAGCGGAUUUAGUUUAGAAACCCUAAAUACUUAUAAAAGGAAAAAAAGAGAAAAGAAUUUAAUUGGAAUUCAGAUGCUAUGAGAAAAUGGAAGGUUAGUGUCAAUAUAGUACUUUUUGUUUUGAGUUUGCUUCAUGGAAUCAAGCACAGGAGAUAAGAAGGAAAUAAAAUCACUUAAAGUCAAGAUGUAGAGAGAAAUUAAAAUAUUAAAUCUAACUUUAGGCUAAAAAAAUUUGGACUAACAAUUCUUAAGUUGUUUGUUGGUCUCUCUUUGGCAUUACUUAUUAGUGUGUUAAUUUUUCCCUUUAUUUUAAUUUCUGAUUUAUUUUUGAGGAUAUACACUUAUAUAAGCUUAUAUGUGAGAUAUGCUUUAUCUCAUGAGUACUUGAUCUAUAAAUUCAUUUUACUGAUUCAAUUAUAUAUGUAUGUGAUAGCAAUUGCAAUUGCAAUAAUAACUAAUCUCUAUCAAUCUAUCAUUACAUCAGUAGAAUUGAUAUACAACAUUGUUGGAACCGUAUAAAAUAAUAUUUCAGAUCUUUCUAGCCUACUAUUUUAAACUAUUCAAAAUCCAUUCUCAAAACAAAAAUGA